AUGAAUGUGGGAUUGCUGGCCCUAUCCGGUGUUGUAUGGUUUAUGGCCAUUAAGAAGAUUAUCGUGAGAAGGCAUGAUAUCAGAAAGAUGCUGAAAAAUCUCGUUUCUCGGCCUAGAAGGCAAGCUCGUCCACGAGUCGAGAUAAUACACGUAAGUUUCACCGGAGAGUGUGUCAAACUACCGUAUGCUACCGUAUCUCAGCCAAUGGAUUCAUUCUCAACACCACCGUCGACGCAGAGCGAUGCGAUGUCAACUAUAAGACUGAAAUUGUCCAAGUUUUCUAGUCGAGGAAGGAAGACCGGCAGAUGUCUCGUUGAGUCUUUUCGAUCAAGCUCUCCUCCAUCGUCAGCUCCCAGCGAGCAUCUUAGUGUGAGUGAACUGCAUCAAAUGCACUGCAGUCGAAAUUCGAGGUGAGC